UAGGCAAAGGCAUAGCAGACGCAAACAUUCAACCGCCUGAAAAAAGGUUUGUUUUCCUCACCGCCUAAAGUGGAAUAUCGCUACAGCAGUACACAACACACAACCACAAUACAUAUAUUUGUGUAUAUUCGUCUGUGAAAUUAUUUCUAGGUUAGAUGGAUGUUGAGAACAAGACAUCAGAUGAAAUUCUACAGGAGUUGUUCAGUGCACUGAAUGUACCUUUGUCUCCUAAAGUGAAGGAAGAAGAGCAGCCCUCAGAUAACCAAGAUAAUUCUCUGCAUUCUGAAGGUAAUGAAGACAAGGGGGCAGAUUCAAAAUCCAGUGAAAGUGAAGCUGAGUCUAAAGGACAGAAAGAACAGGUAACAAAAAAUCACAAACAUAAAACAUCAAAAAAGAAGAAAGAAAAGAAAAAGAAAAAGAAGAAACACAAAAAGAAAGAUGAUGAUGGCCGUCACAAAAGUAAGAAGAAACGCCGAAAGGCGCAGGAGAGUCCGCCUGUACUGAAAGCGCAAGAAGUUGAGGUGGAAUCAAAAGAAGAGGUAAUAAAAAUUAUUGAUGUCAUUGUAGAACAGACUGAAAAGUUUAUUAGCAAUAAUGAAGUGUCAAAUGUCGAGGUAAAAGGAGAAGAAUUGACGAAUGAUCCGUGUCCCAAAGAAGAAGUCAAUAAAACUUUGUCGCAGAAUGGCAAGAGGAAGUCUGAUACAAAUUCAGAUUCAGGUGAUAAAGAGGAUACCUCAAAAAAACCCACCAAAAAAUUGAAGUCUCCUUUAAGGUCUCAUUCUAGUUCAAAGUCAUUACGCAGUAGAUCUAGGUCUCCUAGCAGGGUGAGACAAAGACAUUCAAGAUCAAGGUCACACCAAGGUAGACACACUAGGUCGAGGUCACGCCAAGGUAGACACUCUAGGUCAAGAUCCCAUUCUAGAUCAAAACAUGGCAGCAGACACUCGAGAUCGAGCUCCAGAAAGAAAUCUUCAGCUUACAAAUCUAAAGCAAAAUCUCCUGCCGAAUCAGAUAAACUAAAACACAGAAGAUCAUCGCGGUCAUGUUCAAGAUCACAUUCGCCUAGGUCAUCCAGAAAACGAAGAUAUUCCAAAUCACGCUCUAGAUCUCCUUCAUCGAAAAAUGGAAAGCGAAAGCCUUCAAGAUCACAUUCGAAGUCUUUGUCCCCUAAAUAUUCCAGAAGAAAAAGAUAUCACUCACCAUCGUUGUCUCCUGUUAAAGUGUCAAAACAUAGGUCUAGAUCAAGGUCAGGGUCUCACAAGAAGGUUGUUUCUAAAGAAAUUUCUGAUACUUUGACCAAAGCUUCUGAGAGCUCUUCAAAAGUAAAUACUACAUCAAAAAAAACUGAGAAGAGCCUAGAGAUUGACCUUAGCUCAAUACCAACUCCAGAUGUACAACAGUCUCUAUGUCCAGCCACUUUGCCAAUAUCUCUUGAGAGUAUACCACUGCCCGUCCCUCCAAUUUCUACUGAAGUCCAAGAUCCAAGUUCCAUUCCAUUACCCCAGCCAGUUGUACCUUGUAAAGAACAAUUAAAUGGUAAAGAUCACUCUGAAGAUAAUGAUAAAGAAAUAGAUUUAGGAACUAUUCCUGUUCCAGGAUAUGUUUCUGAAACAGCAACAAAGGAACAGGAGCCACUUAAACCUACAGAUACAGGGGUGGAAAAGAGUAAAGCUAAAACAAUCAUCAUUAAGAGUUUGAAAGACAGUUUAAUCUACUUGCAAGCCCAGGAAGAAGCUGAAAGACGUGCGAAAGUGAAGCAAAAUGAUGAUGAAGAGGUUUCUGAAAAAAUUGUUGAGAAGAGUAAUGGAAAGUUAGAAGACACUGAGAUGAAAGACCAGAAAACAGAAAGUAAGACUGAAGAAGAAGAAGAAGAAGAAGAAGAAGAAGCAGCCACAGAGGAAAGUGUGAAAGAGCCAGAAGAAGAGGAAUCAAGUGCUCCCAAGAAAAGCACCAACAGCGAUCAGUAUGAAGUUGACGAGGGUGAAAUAGUAGUUAAAAAUGGCAAUGAAGUUGAAGAUGGGGAAAUUGUUAGUGAAAAUGACAAUGAGGAGGUCACCAAAACCAAAUCACACAAAAAGAAAUCCAAAAAGGACAAAGACAAGAGUAAAGAGAAGAAGAAAAGUAAGAGGGAGAAGACUAAGGAGAAGAAAAAGCAAGCGAAAGAAAGAUCCAAAAGCAAGGAGAGAAGUGUCAAAAGUAGAUCGAGAUCCAAGGAGCGUUCUAAGCAUAGAAAGUCCUCCAGUAGCUGGCAUAGAGAUCGGGAUGUUGACCGAAGAUAUAGAAGGUACUCACGCUCACGCAGUCACUCAAGAGACCGACAUUCACGUUUUCGUCGUCGGAGUUAUUCAAGAUCACGUUCGAGGUCCAGGUCGCGUUCAGGAAGAAAAGGAGACUGUGUUUCAGAUCUCCGUGAUAAGGUUACGAGAAAACGGCUCCUUGAAAUUGCACGUCGCAAUGCUGUGUACCUUAUGCAGAAUGGUUGUCUUCCACCUAGUGUGGAGCAAGAGCAGUUGGUGAAAAUUAAAACUGGAGGAAAAAGUGUUGAGGAACUUACAGAUUUUUGUAAGCAGUUAGUAGCUUCGGGUAACUAUAGCGAUGCUGAACUAAGUGAUCCAUCUCCCAGUUCAGAUGAAGAUGACAAUAACCCUGAUAAACCCUUCAGCUGUACUCGUCAUCCCUUCAGUGUCAGAGACAGCAAGCCUAUAUUAAUGAAUAUCAGAAAUGCUCCAAUGUUACCGACGAAAACUAAUGCAGAACGCUUAGCAGAUCAUGCUAAGCUUCGGGAGCAGUUUCCUGUCUCUAGUGGAUCCCAGCACCGUAACAAAGGGGAAGUUAACACCACCGAGGAUAAACUAAGAACAGAAAGUGGUUGGGUUCCUGUCUCACCAAAAGAGAAAAACAAGAAGGAGGAGGAUAGUGUGUUCUCAAAAGAAAAAGUCCCAGCAGUAGACAUCUCUCAGAUUGUGUCGUCACGUCUUAGUGCCAUGAGGAAGUUGCAGGACAAUCCAAAUGAUAUGGAAGCCCUCAAGACACUUCAUAAUGUUCAGAAGGAUAUGCAGACUUGGGCUUUGAGCAAACAGGAGCCAGGUCAGUUCACAGGAUCAACAGGUGUUAAGAUUUUGUCCCAGGAAGAAUUGUCUGCAGGUCAACAAGCAUGGGUGAGGAAGGAACAAUUUAAGGAAGCUGCUCCUGUGAGGCCCCAGUUUGGUUUGAAAAUGUUACAAAAAAUGGGAUGGACUCCUGGUGAGGGCUUAGGCAAAAAUAAAGAAGGUGCUAUUGAACCAUUGCUACUAGAUGUAAAGAUGGACAAGAAAGGAUUUCAUGCUCAAGAGGAACUUACUCCAAAGAAGCAGCCCAUACCAAUGGCCAAGGAUCUCUCGGGCAAGCACCCAGUUUCAGCAUUAGUUGAGCUUUGCUCAAAGCACAAAUGGCAACCCCCAGAGUUUGAGAUGGUGUUUGACUAUGGGCCUGAUCAUAAAAAGAACUUCCUUAUGAAGGUUAAAGUCAAUGGACAAGAAUAUAAACCAGCUGUAGCAGGGCCUACAAAGAAGUUGGCAAAGGCAAAUGCAGCAGCAGCAUGUCUACAGUCACUAGGUUUGCUAACCAAGGAUCCAGAGAAUCCAUUGACAGAGGCAUCAUAGUGUACUUAAUAUAUGUGUAUAUUAAAAGUGCAAUAGGCAGUUUUUCAAGUUAAAACAAUUCAAUCUUACUGGAAUUUUUGAAUUUGUUUGAAUACCUCUGAAAUCUGCUAUUUUAUUGUGUUUAAUACCCUUGAAAUCUGGCAGUUUUCUUUUCAGUUUAGUACUUUUUUUAAUGUUUUAUUGUGCUUUGCUUUCUUAACUGGUAGUGGAGUGGAACUUCAAAAAUAGGGUUGUGCAAAAUGUGCGGCUCUUUAAAAUUGUUUUUACUGUAUUUUCUGUACAGGUCACUUAUAGCAAUACCAAAUCUUUUAUUUAAAAUUUAUAGGGCAUAAUUUAUUUAGCUCAGACUUGCACUACAUAUCUAAAUACUGUACCGAGUAGUGUUAACUUUGUUGGAAAAAUGUUGUGUGGAAACUGUAUUGUUAACAGUUAGUGGCAGAACUUUAGAGCAAUAUAUUUUCAUUGUGUGAAUUUUGAUAUGUAAUAUAGCAAGUAAAGGGGCAUUAAAAUGACAAUUUAGUACAAACUGUACUUAGUGUUACACCAUGAAAGUUAUUGCAAUAAAUCUGCCCAUUUUGUACCUAUUGUUCAUAGGUAAUCUAAGGUUUUACUUUUAGCUGUUUUGUACAGUUACUGUUAUAUUUUGUGUAAAUGUGAGAAAAUUUGUAUGAUUUAUGUAUAUCCAAAAUAGAGUUGGCAUAAUUUUCAUUUUAUUCACACAGACAAAAAUAUGCAUAAUUGAAGGAUUAUAGGAUAUUUUUUUAAAAGCUGUAUAGCUCUUAAUGUUUUUUAUGUUCUUGUACAAAAGGAAAUAAACUAUUUAAAACUUC